AAUAGCCUGCCUCGAAACCAGGUGCCCGAGUGGUCCAAUAACUACAUCAAUUACACAGAACUAAAAAAAAUUAUUCAAUCGGCUGUUAAGACCGCUCAAACUAGCGCCUUUGUAGAUCUUGCAGAACUAUUUUUUCAUCUUGACAGAAACCUUGAAACUGUAGACGAUUUUUACAACAAAAAAUUUGCAGAUACAAACCGACGGUUGAAAAUACUUCAAGAGAAAUAUGGAACAUCUAAACAUGCAAUACAGAAAAUGGAUCAGAGUGAAAUUGAUGAAAAUAUUAGCGCUCUUCUUGAUCUGCGAGGAGAAUUGAGAAAACUGCAAUGGUUUGGUGAGGUUAAUCGAAGAGGCUUCACCAAAAUUACAAAGAAACUCGACAAGCAGUUACCGAAUGCACAUGUUCAGCAAAGAUAUCUCCUAGCUAAAGUAGAUCAGAAACAGUUUUCACAAGAUUCAGAUAUACUGGACAGAAUAACCGAAAUAAAUAACUGGCUUUCAAUUCUUGGAGAAAUUAAGAGCUGCGUAGAUACUCAAGAAAUUUGUGCUACAGAUCGUCUAAAUGAGGAACUACCAAAAACUAACAUACAUUUUUUUGAUAGUAUAUACCAGGCCAUUCAAAAUGAUGAUACAUCUAAUUUACAGGAAAACAUCGAAAAAGCUGUGGUAGAUAUUAGUUGUCCGUCUAGUCAAAAGCUACUUGUAAAAUUUCUACAACGAGCGACUCUUCUUAGAGCAGAAAACUCCAUUAAGUAUUUAAUCGGGACAAUACACAGCCUUGAGGAACCAGAUGAUAUCAAUCAACGCAAUUGUCUUCAUCGUUUUGUCAUCUCAAUCAGGCAUGUGAAAUCUGAAAAAGAAGACCGAGCUGAAAUUCCAGAACCUUGGCUAGAGUCAAGAGAUAAUGUCUGUUUUCUCUUUCCAGCUUCGAACCCACUAUGUGCCUCAAUCAGGAGCACAUUGACUGAGUCUGAGCAGCCGAGUCUUCAUGAGUAUGCUAGAACACUCAGCUAUAUUCUAGACAAUCUUCAACCUCAUCAACGUACCGCGCUCAAAUCUAAGGAUAUUCAUGGACGUCUCCCUUUACAUUAUGCCGCUCAAUUUGGGUUUAUUUCAAUCUGCAGGCUGAUCAUCAACUACAUGACAAGUUGGGGACAAUACCAUGUUUCUAAUGGUAUCGAUGCCAUAGAAUGGCAGGAUUACAAAGGGCUAUCGCCACUCGACCUCAGCAUAAUUGGUGGUCAUUUUAUAACUGCCCAGAAUCUUCUGAAUACUCAGAACUUGCAAAUUGAGAACCAAGAAUUACCUGUCACACGGGUAAGUAUUUCCAAAUAUAGUACAGCCUUACUAUUAGCUGCCAAGCUGAAUGCAACAACCAUUAUGGAACUCCUUAUAAAUCAUGGUGCUAAUAUUAACUGGCAAGAUGAAAAUGGCGAAACUGCAAUGCAUAUUGCCGCUAGAUAUGGGCAUAAAGACUGUGCAAAAAUAUUAAUCAGAGGCAGUGCCUGUCAGAAAGUUGAUUUAGAACUUGUUGAAAAAAAGUUUUCAUGGACCCCACUACAUGUUGCAUGUGUAGACGGACAUCUACCAAUAGUUGAGCUAUUGAUUGAUGCAUCUGUUGAUUUAAUAAAACUAGAUUCUUCAGGCUGGUCAGCUAAAGAGCAUGCAGCUCUACGAGGUCACUUAGAUAUCGCUAAAGCUCUAGCUAUUGCCAUCUCAACUUCUGAUCAGAAUAAAAAUGAGGUCCAGAGGAAAUCCGACACAACCUCCCUUCUGCCUAUAGUACUCUCUUCUAUGGAGUCUUCUAAAUCCUCGGAUUAUGAGGCUCAGCUUGUGGAACCAAUCAAAUCUUUUGGGCACCGAUAUCUAACCGACAGGAGCUUGAUUCUUGUGAGCUUGGGCUCCAAGGACAUAAGGAAGAAAGUAUCAGCUAUCGAGUUGGAGAGAAUAUCGUUAGCUCAAGCACACUCAACGCAACUUGAUACGGCUCUUUCUCUUUACGUCAGUGCAGAUGGUGUAGAAGGAGAACCUACAAUAAUUGACUUACCAAUAAAAGAAAAUACUCUAGCUGAACCUAUCGUAUUCACUACCGCGGACGCUACAAAGAUUAGACUUUACUUCGAUAUAAUCCCGACAUACUCAGGUAAUCAGAAAAGUAAAAUUGGUCGUGGUGUCGCUUUAUUGUCAACUAUCAAGCAAUCAAUUGGAUCUAAACGGAUGAGCCUUCAAGGAGACGUCAGUGUUCCAAUUCAGAGCACUGAUCUAGAAGUUAUUGGAACCGUCAACUUCAACUUUCUCAUAAUUACCCCCUUUUCCCAUCCAAAUAUGGGAAUAAGUACAAAAGAAACUUACUGGAAGAAAAUGUCCACACCUAUGGUAAUUGGUCAUCGUGGCCUGGGGAAAAAUAUGACAAGCAACAAAUCCCUCCAGCUUGGUGAAAAUACAUUACAGUCCUUCAUAGCUGCUGCCAAUCUUGGAGCAAAUUAUGUCGAAUUCGAUGUUCAACUUACCAAGGAUCACGUUCCGGUAAUCUACCAUGACUUUCUUGUUAGUGAGACAGGCAUUGAUGCACCUGUGCACACUUUGACCUUGGAACAGUUUCUUCAUGUCAAUGAUAGUAUAUCUUGUGCGUUCCAAUCAGCAUCACCACCUCGUUGCAAUUUCUCUCAUUCAAGAGUAACCAGAAAUGUGGAGCGUCCACGCUCCCAGUCAGUUUGUUAUUCGACACCAAACAGUCAUAUGUCAGAGAAAAUGAAGCAUACCCGAGAUUUUAAAGCAAAAGGGUUUAAAGCUAACUCUCGCGGGAACUUUAUUCAAGCUCCCUUCACCACACUUGAAGAAAUGCUUCUAAAGCUUCCAGAAGAUGUCGGAUUUAAUAUUGAGAUGAAGUACCCCAUGCUUCACGAGUCUGAAGAUCAUGAAAUGGACACCUACGCUGUAGAACUCAACGAAUUUGUCGAUUCAGUGCUUCACAAGGUAUAUAAUCUUGGAAAAAAACGUAAUAUAAUAUUUAGUAGUUUUAAUCCUGAUAUUUGCUUGAUGUUAAACUUCAAACAGCCCAGUAUCCCUAUACUUUUUCUUACUGAUGCUGGAACAACUCCUGUGGGUGACAUACGGGCAAGCAGUCUGCACGAAGCAAUUCGAUUUGCCCGACGAUGGAAUUUGCUAGGUAUUGUCAGCGCCGCCGAUCCACUUUGCAACAGCCCAAGAUUGGUCAAGGUAGUCAAAGAAAAUGGAUUAGUUUGCGUUAGCUAUGGGACGCAGAAUAACGAUCCUGCAAAGGUUUUGGCACUAGUUAAUGAGGGCAUAGACGCCGUCAUUGUAGAUAACGUGUUAAAGAUUCGUAAUGGGCUUACAGAAAACACCGGUAAAGCGACAGUAACAACCAAAGUUUAA